GUUCUUGCACUUUCUCAUAUCUUCCUCAUCCAUCAAGUAUUUUGAAAAUUCAGAAUAUUGAGAAGACAUGUCGUGGCGCAACAGCCAGAUGCCUACCUCCAAGGUCAAGGUUACACUUGGAUGUCAAAAGCUUAACAUGGUCUGCAAAAGGAGAGAACCUGCUGUGUUAAGAGGACUUGAUAUAGGACCAUGUGGGGAGAAAUGGACUCCGGAAUAUCUGGCAGAGAAAGGCGGAGAUAGAGAAGUAAAAAUACACGUGUCCAAGACUGCCCAGAUGGAUUUUAUCAACAAAAACUUCAUGUAUAGGUCAUUACCUUUCAGUGAGCUCGUUAAAAGGGCUUCAAAGGCAAAACAAGAAGAGUUCUUCAUAGAGGAGACGGAAAAAUAUUACUUACGUGCACUUGGAGACGACCCAAGAAAAGAUAUUGCCGAUGUGAGAGUUCAAUUUCCAACUCUUGCAGAAGAUAUAAAGUUUCCGGAAUUCUAUCCAAAGGAGAAAUUUUUCUCCAGUGUAUUCAGAAUAGCCUCCCCUGGUUUACAAUUGUGGACACACUAUGACGUAAUGGACAAUUUUCUGAUACAAAUUCAAGGUAGAAAACGUGUGGUCCUCUUCAGUCCUAGGUCAGUCAACUUCCUGUACAUGAAUGGUGACAAGUCUGAGGUGUUGGACAUAGACAAUGUAGAUGAAGUAAAAUAUCCAUUGUUUAACAAGGCAGAAAGGUUUGAAGUUCACCUUGAACCUGGGGAUGUUCUUUUUAUACCAGCUUUAUGGUUCCACAAUGUGAUAUCACUAGAAUUUGGAGUGGCAGUUAAUGUCUUCUGGAAACAUUUAGAUGACGGUGUAUACGAUAAUAAAGAUACAUAUGGAAACAAAGACCCUCUGCCAGCUAGCCGAGCAUUCCAGAUUGUGGACAGGGCUGUGAAAACGCUUGAAGAGUUACCAGAACCUUAUCGAGAAUUUUACGCUCGGCGACUUAUAGACAGAAUAGAGAAAAAAGCAGUGAACAAUUUUCCAACCUGAUUUGUUUAAAAGUUUUUGCUUAGAGAUUAUAAAACAAACUAUGGUGAGGCUCAAUUAAAAAAAACGCCCAGGACUGAUCUUCCUGACGUAAAGAAUAUGAUAAGGGGCUUGUUAGUUAACCUUAUUAUAUAUAUGAAAUAUGGACACAACAUUCUUCAAUGUCUUAGGUGGGAGAAAAGUGUUUUCUUCAUUAGGGUCCGAGGCAAAGUUUUGGGUCUUUCUUAAACACAUUUUUUAAGGGACUUCAAAGAAAGCACAGCUAGCAAUAUAUUAUUGUACUUCAGUUAUUUUCUAAAAAUUGUUAAUUUUUUUUUUUUAUUGAGUGAUCAGGCACUACAGUCAUGUAAUGUUAAACAGUUGUGUUUCAUUUGUUUUUUUUAAAAGGAUGACAUCCAUUUUCUGAUAACCUAUUUUUAAAUAAGAAAAUAAUUAUGCAAAUAGUAGAGAGAAAUGAGAAGGAUGUAGAUUUGUGUUCAGUUUGCUUAUAGAUUAUGUAAAGGAUAUUAAAUGAGUGUAGGUUCAAAACUGAAUUUAUUGGACGGUGUGUAUAAAAUUAUAUUAUGUGAGCAUCUUGUGAGCUUAAUAUUAUUUCAUUCAACAAGUUGAAUGAUUUCAGUAAUGAAUGUACACUAAUUUAAUAUUCUAGUUGUCACAUACCAGUUCCCAAAAUAAAAACUGUUUAAAGUGAAAAAGGAUCAUUUUUUUCAUUGAAGCACCUGUAGUGUAAGGCUAUUAUUUAAUAAGGCUCAGCAUUUUUGCACGUUUGUGUAGUGCAAAUGAUGUUACAUUAAAUUUAUGCAUGGCCAUGCAAUACCAUUUUUAUGGAGUCGCAAAAGCAGCAUGGGUAUGUAAUUAUGAGUAUAGGAAUAAUUGACUAAAUUUUGCUCUAUUCCUGUGAUAAAUUAUUGAAUAAACAGAAUUAUAGUAUGAAUAGCUCUUUUAUUUGGACAGAGAAUUUUUUACUACUUAUACUUACAGUGCCUCCUUAUGUCAUUAAGAUCUCAUUUUGGCUUGCGGAACGUUGGUGGUUCUUCUCAGGUGCCUGUUUGUGUCUGAAAUGAUGUACUGAAGGUCUUCCUCCACCAGUAAAGCUGGAAUGUCGCCAUAUGACCUAUACUGUGUCGGUGUGACGUAAAACCCAAUCAAAAUACAAAAAAUAUCCCUGGGUGUCAGUAACCUUUAUUUAUGAUAACUUGCAAUAUGUGGAGAACUAUAACACAGUCCUUACCAUGUUAGAUAUCUU